AUGGGCUAUGUUAACGUAGAAUUAGAAACCAAGACAUGGAAACCAUCAGCGCUGCGCGCCCCGGUCCUUAUUUUGACCAUCACAAUUUGCUGGGCCCUAAUCACCGUCCUACAGGUGUUACUCUCCAGGAGUCAACGGGACAAUGGUAUCAUCUUUGCACCCAAGAUAAGCGACCUUCCUUUGAGCCGAACAUUCCUCUACCUCUACUUCCCGACCAUUGCCGCAGUCAUCUUCAGCAUAUAUUGGGCAUGGAUCGACCUAGAGACCAAACGUAUGGAGCCUUACUAUCAGCUCAGUAAGGAACAGGGCGCUCUGGGAAAAGACUCACUACUUCUACAUUACCCUUUCGACUUCGUACCACUGGUUCCAUUGAAGGCUGCCAGAGACAGACAUUGGCCUGUAUUCUGGGCUUCUCUCGCCGUUGUUCUAGUAACCAUGGGCUUGGUACCCACACAAGCCGGUAUCUUUUCUACGCAAACCAUCACUCGAAAUGCAACAAGUCCAUUUGACCAGUCGACGGCCUUCAUGCCAGCCCGCAAUCAGGCAUCGAAUAUGACACUACGAUUCGCGCAAUCGACUUACGCAAUCGCAGCUCAGAACGAGACGCUUACGCAGUACAUGGCACGUAACUUUACGCUUGCGCCGAUUAGACCAAAAGCCAUCUCUCCCCACGCAUCUAUAUCGCACGGAAACUGGUCUGCCCCAACGACGAUGUAUAGUGUAGAUCUAUACUGCGAGCCUGCUAUCUUCAGUAGAAACUCAGCACGUAAUGGUCUUGUCGCCAACAGUACCAACGGAUGCUCUUUUCAUCUAGGCUUGGAUGGCAACAUCACUAUGGGCGGUAACAAAGCCUGGCCAGGGCGAACUGUACUCAACAACAAAGAGUUUACUGCCAUGUACGUGGGCUACUGGAAUCCCCUAGGGUUUGCCGACUACUCCCUCGACAAUUAUUGUCCCACUACCAGUAAUACGACUUUCUACGCUGCUAUAAGCCGCAACAAAGCCAGAGGUACCGAUGCACCACAAAACGUCACCGCCAUCUACUGUUGGCCAACUUACUAUCAACAACCCGUACUGGCAACUGUGGAUGCAGUCUCUCUGGAACCGUCACUCAUCCGACCUACGGGCGCAAAGAAGCCUUUGGAAUCAAGCUUAUUUAACACUACCCGCCUGGAGCAGUUGAUGAGUUCAAACUCACUGGGCGAUGAAGUGAGAGGCGAUUUAAUACCAAGUAAAUCUGUACCUGAUUACAUUGACUCCAUCGCGCGAACGGGUUUGAGCUUGGGUAGUGGGCCCAUGGGUGCCGGUGUGGUGCAGCCGAUGGUUGGACUAGCUCUGGCCGUCAGCAACUUGCCUCUGGAGGACUACCUAGACUGGAAGGUACUGGCCAAGUCUUACGCAGACGGAUAUCGAUUGAUGUUCGCUCGAGCGAUGCGAGAUGUUCUCGAUCAAGAUUUCCGGACCUCCAACAAUGUCACUGGGCACAUCAUAGACACGACGGAAGCCGUGCUUAUGGAACCCGUCUUUGUUUACGUUGUGGAAGGAUUUCUUGGUGCCAUAUCUCUGGCGACUAUCGCGCUGCUGUACCUUUCGCUCACGCGUUCAAAAAAUCUUCGCUCGAAUCCUAGCACUAUCGCUGCUAUCAUGGCGAUGGUGGCUGACAACGAGCCACUACUGGCUGAUAUUGAAGGACUGGACUGUUGCACGACGAAUGGGAUUGAGGAGUAUCUUGGACACAAGCGUUACAAGCUCGUUGAUGAUGGGACAUCGGUCGGAAUUAUUGAACUUGAUCAAUCUCCCGAGAUUAUCGCAGACGAAAACCUGCCUAUGCCAGCAGCACAGCAUCGCGAUACACCGACCGAUAUCGCGAAGCCAAUUCGACCCACCGAAUUUAGCCUAUGGGUAGCUGGACUCUUCGUCAGUGUAUUAAUCGCAUUGGCAACGGGUCUUGUUGUGCUUUUUGCAAAAGCUCGUUUACAAGGUUUACCACUUCCCUCAAAGAACACGCUUGUGCAAAACAUCCUCGAAAACUACAUCCCCACGGCUGUAGCUACACUCAUUGAACCAAUCUGGGUUCUGUUCAAUCGUAUGCUUUGCAUGCUGCAACCCAUUGAGGAGCUGCAAAGCUGUAACGCGCGAGCCAAGAAGUCAAUCGACCUCGAUUAUGCUUCCCUACCACCGCAAUUGGUCAUUUUGAAGGCCCUGAGGUCGAAGCACCUCGUACUUGCUGCGGUUUGUACCAUGGCGUUGCUGGCAAACCUCCUUGCAGUCAGUCUUGCUGGUCUGUUCAAUCAAGCUACUAUCGAUAUUCAGCACGCGAUAGUGGCGGAUCAACCUCUGCAGUUCAAGUUCAUGCCGGUGGAUGGAAAUAUAGGCCCAGUAGGCGGUCAAAAUUUCGGCUCUAAUGUUGCGUCUGGCGCUUACCAAGGCAGCAAUGGAGAGGAGCAGUUCUUGAUUGCGGACUCAUAUCUCAGGCAAGGUAUACCGCUGCCAGCGUGGACCGACGAGAACAUGUUCUACCUCCCGUUCGCUGCUCAACAAACGAAUACCACGGCGACGAAAGACAUUGAAGCCAGAACCAGAGCUUUUGGUGCAAAGCUUGAAUGCAACAGCCUCAGGUUCGACAAAAGCUUCCAAGCCGGAAUCAUUAGACCUCUAUCGACGAGUGAAGCUAUUAACCCAUCGGUCAACAUCACAGUGACCACCGAUACUGGGAGGAGUGUUCAGUGCACCAAGACCGGAACCUACAUGCGUCAAGGUCCGAUUUCCACCACUGGAAACUCUUGCGUUACGGGACCAAGCGCGGCUGAGUUGGCGUUCAUACUUGAACCAAUGGCGAACUCUACUCAGGCUGACGCUGAGGUGUGCAUGGGAUCAAUCGUCUUGGGAUGGCUCCGAAAUCCCACUGGUUCUUGCGGAGAGAGCAAACCAGUGUCUCUGGAUGAGCACAACUCAGCUUUCGUACACUGUCGCCCUAGGUUGAUGACUGGCUUUGCGACUGUUCGAGUAGACUCCAGCGGCCGGCUCCAAAAACAAGCGCAAAACGUUACCCUCGACAACGACCAGCCGAACGCGAUCUUCAGCAACGAUUCCAUAAACAUCAUUGGACAGUCCAAUCGGUACAUAUUCAAGGACGAUAGCCCCGGGUGGCACAAUGACAGCUUUGCCGACGGCUUCAUAAACUACUUCGCUAGCCAUGCAAGAGUCUACCGUCGCUUCGAGGCUGGCGCAUAG